UAUCCUGCCUUAGGUGCUGUACUACCUCGGUCUUAAUUGAUCACCUUUUCCAAACAGAAUACACCCUUGUCUCCAUUUAUACGGAUUAUUAUCGAUUUGUUUUGUUUUUGUUUGUUUGUUUGUUUUUAAUAUGGACAUUUUCUUCUUACACUAUGGGCAUCGGGAAAUGUGUUCGCGAGGAUCCAGAGGAUUUCAUUGGCGGUUUUUAGUGAGACCUUAAAUAGAGCCAGCCUUUCCCGGGCUCAUUUUUGCAGUUUCCCACACAAACUUACCUGCACUAACUUGAAAGUCCAGUUUCUCUAGCAAUCCUAGAAAACAGCAGGGACUUGAAGCAACAUGGACCUGGACAGCAAAAGGCUGGUGGUGGUGGUACCAAACGAAGUGUCGGUGGCCCACCGCAAACCGCUCAGGAGUGAGGAUGAGGCAUGGAAAACCUUCCUGGAGAACCCACUGACAGAAGCCUCAAAGGCCAUGAUGAACAUCAAUGGAGAUGAGGACAGUCCAGCAGCUCUAGGGGCAUGGAAAAUCUUCCUGGAGAACCCACUGACAGAAGCCUCAAAGGCCAUGAUGAACAUCAAUGGAGAUGAGGACAGUCCAGCAGCUCUAGGGGUGCUGUAUGACUACUAUAAGGUUCCCAGAGAGAAGAGGUAUACACCCAGUGCCAUUAAGCCCACAGAGCCUUCUGCUCACGGGCACAGCAACUGUGGAAAGUUGGACAUGGUGGGUCACCAGCUUCAAGCUAUGGUGUCACUGCCUGUUAACCUCUCUUUAAACAACAGCACAACCACUGAGCACCAGCAGGGCUACAAAUAUGGAGCUGAAAGCCACGCAGGAGAUUCUAGAGAAGGAGAUGGUAAAGGUGGAGAGAAUGGACCUCUUGCUCUGGUCAAGACAGAAAGCCAGGCCCCCAUGCCACUUUCAUUUUCUGGUGGCACCUGCCAAAAAGAGCCUAGAGACCAAAUAAGGAGGCUGUAUGAGCAAAGCUGUUAUGAUAUGUCCCUCACUGGCUAUUUGAAAGACGAACAGAGGAGCAGUCUGGACAGCACGUAUGAGGAGCCAGUGGAAAAAGAGAUGUACCAUAAAAAUUCUUCCUCGGGAGUCGAUGAAUUUCACCACAGUCUACCAGCUGACAGCUUCCGGUACAACCUGGAGGCCACGUUAUCUCUCCGGCCACGCCAAGGAGAAGGACCCAUGGCCUACUUGAACCGCGGCCAGUUCUACCCUUUGACGCUCUCUGCGGCCGGCUUCAGAUCAUCCCUGCAUCAGCCCAGAGGGAAAGUCGGAGUGACUGGAGUGACAUCAUCCCAUGGAGCUGAUAGGAGUCUAUCCAAGAGUGAUCAGUGCACCGUGGGAGGCUCUGAGCUGCCACAGAACAGUAUUGUACAGAGUGUUAUCAUGGUUGUCUUUGGGGACGACAAGGGCAGAGAUGAGCAGCUGAAGAAUUGGAAAUACUGGCACUCACGGCAGCACACUGCCAAGCAGAGAGUGCUGGACAUCGAUUCCAAACUCUGCACCAUAGCCAGGACCAAAGAGCUUUCUGAGGAUGUCAGGAACGAGACUGUGGAACUACACAAGGCUGGAAUGGGCUACAAGACCAUCGCCAAGCAGCUGGGGGAGAAGGUGACGACCGUUGGUGCGAUUAUUCGCAGAUGGAAGAACCAUAAAAUAACUGCCAAUCUCCCUCGGUCCGGAACUCCACGCAAGAGCUCACCUCAUCGAGUUUCAGUGAUAAUGAGAACACUGUGGAACCAACCCAGAACUACUCGGGAGGAACUUGUCAAUGAUCUCAAGGCAGCUGGAAACCCAGUCACCAAGAAAACAGUUGGAAAGAACAUGUACAGACCACUGAACAUCUCAAUGAUUCAGAGGAGGACUGGGUAA